UUUUAGAGCGAAACCCAUCGCUGUCUCCCUCGGCCGGCAUAUGUGGCUAAGAAGACGGAGUAAAUUAAGAUAUUGAGUGCUUGUGUAUAGCUCAAUCCAAUUGCGCCUUUAAAAAAUUGUCUCAUUGUUUCAGAUUAUGCGUCACGGCAUACCUCACUAUCUUCUUCAUCUCUGAUAAAUACCAAUGGCGCCAGCAAUAUCACUCCACAAAUCUCCAUCCAAUUAUUGCACAGCUGCUCACUGUUCAGCAUACCAUCUGUUUGAUAAUUUGCCAUGGCGACAAGUGAUGUAAAGCUUCUGGGUACACCGGCAAGCCCCUUCGUCAAUCGGGUCCAAAUCGCCCUGAAUGUGAAAUCCAUCAACUAUGAGUUCAUUGAAGAAAAUCUUAAUCCCAAAAGUGAGCUCCUACUCAAAUCAAACCCUGUGCUCAAGAAAAUCCCAGUUCUUAUCCAUGGUGAUAAGCCUAUCUGCGAGUCCCUUGUCAUCGUUCGGUACAUCGCUGAGGCCUGGACUAAUGGUCCUUCCAUCCUCCCUUCUGAUCCCUACGAGAGCGCCAAUGCUGUCUUCUGGGCUGCUUAUAUCGAUGAUAAGUGGUUCCCAUUAUUCAAGGAGCUGAGGAUGGCACAAGGGGAGGCGGUGAAGGCAUCACUGGUGGAGAGAAUAGGUGAAGGGUUGGUAUUGUUAGAGGAAGCAUUUGUCAAAUGUGCCAAAGGGAAGGCUUUCUUUGGUGGUGACAGUAUUGGGUACCUUGAUAUGGCUCUGGGGUGCUACUUAGGGUGGCUGAAGGUGUUAGAGAUAAUGAUUGAGGUGAAGUUGCUUACUGAAACCAAGACACCAGAGUUGUUUGGAUGGUCUGAGAGGUUUUGUGCAAAUGAUGCUGUUAAAGAUGUACUACCAGAGCCUGAGAAGCUCAUAGAGAUUGUUAAGAUGCAUCAAGCCAAGGCAAAAGCUGCUGCUCCUGCUGCAAAUUAG